GGAUGGAUAUGAUGAUAAGAAUCAGGAUUCCAUCUUCCCUAUCAAACGCUACACCAAGAUCACUACAAAGGACCUCCCAGAACGUUUUGCAGUUGUCUCGCGCCUGAAGAAAGAGACGUUCUCUGUUGGAACGCGAGGGGAGACAAUGAAGUCUGCUGUGAUGCCUCAAGUGAAGGUCAGCAUACCUGAGGGAGCCGUGUCUGCAGGAACAAAGAUUACUAUGCAGGUGCAACCUGUGGAUGAGAAUUUCAAUAACCUAGAGGAGUGGGUGACGGUCAGUCCAGUGGUAUCCCUGGAACCAAGCAAUAUAACCUUUAAUAAACCAGUGUCCGUAGCUAUCCCGUGUCCUGUCUACGCAGGCGCUGGAAAUGUUGAUAUCCAACCAUCUCUACGACUACUGUGCUGCUUCCCUAAAGAUAUCGAUGGCGAGCCGAAAACCCCGUCAUACCAGUGGCAAGAUAUCACUGAUAGUACGCCUCUAACAACUGCUGGGGACAGUGCUACUUUCACUAUCAAUAAACCAGCAAGAUACUGGCUCGUUGAAACAAGAAACCCUGACAAUGUCGUCACCGAUGCGCGCUUGAUUUACCGCAAGCUGGCCGCUGUCCCUUACCUUGCAAAGUUCGUCGUGUUCGCUAAGUUCUCUGCUGAUGGCAAGGAAGCGCGUCUACGCAUCUUCUGCGUCACUGAUGACAAGGUCGACAAAACUCUUGAAGGACAGACUGGAUUUGCUGAAGUUGCAAGAAGUCGUGAUGUUGAGGUCUAUGAAGGUCGCCCUAUCCACAUCCGUUGUCUUGGCAAUCUUGCUCCAGUAAACCGUGAGCCAAUGCACUUGAAUUUCUUCGCCUUCCGUGAGAAUCGUCUGUCCGUCGCCGUGAGUGCCGUGGACCCUGAACAACCUAUGAACUGCAGACUGGCAUUCCUUAAAGAACCCAAGAAGGACAGACAAGGAAAUAUACAAACUAUUUGCAACCUGAAUAUCAACCUGUCUGAAAAGGAUCUCAAGAAAGAUAGUGGAUUAAGAAGACUACCAGACUCUCUGCUCUCUCUAGUGGCCAYUGAAGUAGCAAAUGACUGGAAAGWUUUAGGGCGGGAACUAGGAUUCAACGAUGAUGAACUCGAUGACAUUGCAGACAGCAACUCCAAUGAACCUGACAAGUGUGCCGAAGAGGUUCUAAAAACAUGGCGUGACUCCAAAGAACCAGAACCCGAUAUGCCCAAGCUCGAAAACGCCCUCAAGAACAUCAAUCGCGACGACGUUGAUUUCAAGCAACUGGCGUACAGCAGUUACUCCAAGGGUCCAGUAACAAUCACCGAGACUACCAUCACACGGACAGUGCCAGAUGAAAGAAAUGGUGAUGUCCAGAACACCCACGAAAGGAUCUCCGAUUACUUGAACGAUGACGAUGAAGAAAUGUCUGAUGCUGCUCAUACUGAAGUACGUACGGUAACAGUGACAGAUGAUGAUGGGGGUGCCGUUACACGGACRACCACUACAACCGUAACACGAGAUGGCGAGACCGUAGAGACAACGACCGACACUCGAGAGGGGGAUGAAAAUGAYCCAGACAAAGAGAAACUCAUCAAAGAAAUGUUCGCUGGAGAAAAAGGAGUCAUGGAUUUCUUCAACGACGAUGACAAGAAACCAGAAACGGAUGAGACCGAGAUUUAACCGUACGUUUUUGCCUCUCGUCAGUUUUUAWUAGGAUAGAGUUCGCCAUGAAUGGCACAAGCCCGGUCAAUGUAUUUCUAAGUUAAUUAAGAAUCCAAGAGUGAAAGGCUAAGGUUUGAAUUAACUAAAUGAGCAGGGCAAAAAGGAACUUGAACUUCUAGUCGGUGUUAUGUCUUAAUAAUUUUAACAAUUCUAUUUAAAGUAAAUUUUGAAAACGUGUGCUCCAGGAGUUAAUAUAAGCAAUGAUAAAUAAGGCAGGAAUUCAUUUUUCUUUUAAUCUUUUYUUCAACUAUUAGGCGUAGCCUUUCGUUUCUAGCGUUUGCAUUUUGAUUGGUUAGUAGUGCAGUGCUUCUUAUGACGCUUGUUGAAAUUGUCAAAAACCUAAGACAAAUAUAUUGAAUCACUUGGUAUCGAUAGGACACACUGUCAAUUGAAUACUGUCUGGAAGUUAGUUUGCUCCRUAUUUGAAGCUGUUAUCUGAAAUGCUGAUAAAUGCCAGGCACAGGGACGGUCCAAUAAUUUUGAAACGAGUUUCAAAAUGGGCAAUUUAUGUUCCAAGUAGCAUCCUUUAGGAAAAAUCCCUCACCGGAAGGCGGAAGGCUUGUCGAGCACCCGUCUUCCCGGAAUUCGCCCCUGAAGUUGAGCAGUUGAACCAAUCAAAAUGCUGAAUUCCUUAUAACUAAUAAUGCUCUGUAAGAGUAAUGUACUAGUUAUCUCAAUAUAGAUACCCAUGUGAUGAUGCUUUAAACAUUUUUCAUAUCCAAUAUAGUUCGAAUGCAAGAACUUUUGGCAUAGUAAAUGAUAAAUCCUAAUAAAGGUCGAAUUCUAAGUUAAAAACUCAUACUUCUGCAUUUGUGACUAGGAAUGCUUUUUGAACCCUUUGGUACUCCAGUUUUCCUACAUUCUUUUUUUACUAACUUAAGGCCGGAGUGCUUAACUAAUUACUAGUGUACUAGAGUGCAUACCAUAUAUCCAUGAAAAAGUAACUAACAACAUUGUACAGAUAAGUGCAAAGUUUUGUAGGUAUGUCCUACUGAGGUUUACUGAUCUUACUACAUUUUUGGCAAAUUUGUGCAAUUUCUUACAAAAUUUUUCACGGAUGUAUAAUAGUAUCAGCACUCUAUUAGGAAUGUCAAUCAAAUUGAACUUAAAAGAACCAGUGGAGUUGAUCUUUAUUAGUUUAAACGUAAUAAAAGAAACCCUAGUGGAUGUGAAAGCAAAUUGCGUAGUGCCUAGGAAAUAGAAUGUACCUUUUAAAGUAAGGUGAUGAUUGUAAAACUAAACUGUACUACAAGUAAACUGGCAUUUAUCAUUG